UUUUCAAUUUUAAGACCUAUUAGACUGAGCAAUUUAAUUUAAUGGCAAAAUCCUCUCUUAAUCAGUAGAGAGCUGCACUAGCUAUUGUAAAUUACAUCAAAGCCAAUACACAAUUAUAAAGGUGCUUGACAAAUUGGAAUUGAUUUCUUGACCAAUAGUUUGCAGAUAAUCGACAAUGUCAUUUAGCAGGUGAAAAACAUACAUUGGGGUGCUAUUCAUCACUUCCAAUUUAGACAAAUCAGUUGUCUUACAACAUAUGGUUGUGUAGACUGAAUAAUCAGCAAGCAGAUCUUGACUGUCAGCUGUCUAUCAUAAGCACAGGUGAUUGAUCAGCUUUGAAAGCGAAACGUGAUACAAGAUAUGUCCACUACUCUUUAAUCUAGAAAUUGGAAAUCAUCUGUCUAAUUCUUUAAUUGUGGGAUUUGCAUAAUAUCAUGGAAUGUGAGAAAGUAUGUUUUGAUGGACACACAGAGGCAGAUUAUCAAUAUACCAAAGUUUCUCUUUAUUAAACGCUAGGUCCCGAGAAAAUGCCAUGUCUCCCAGGUAGAUUUGUAAAUAAGACCCUCAAGGAUUUCGUAUUCAAGGUAUAAUAAACUUAGUAAGCUAUAAUUACAAGACAUUUAGCUCUCAAAAUAAUAAAUGAAAAGUCUAAUAAACUCCAGCCUCAAAUGUACUGCAAAAGUCAAAUAAAUGGUAGAUCAAUGAAGGCAAGUUUGAAAUACAUGCUCGGGGGCACUUAAUUGAGAAAAUUUUUAAAUGGCACAUCCUUUCCUGACUUGCAGUUAAUAUUGAACUAUGUGACAAUAUUUUGUGCCAUUUUUUAUGUCAUUAAGUUUCUUCUGACAGAAUGAACCUCAGAGGUUUUAUUAAGGGCCAGCAAUAGGAAAAUUGACUGGCUGUGAGGGUGAUUUUGCCUGCCUGGUUUAAUUGACCAUGCAGAGAAAAGUUUUUCUUCUAAAGAAAUUUAGGUCAAAAUUUUUUCCUGCCAGUCUCAAAGCAAUACUUUUAAGAGAUCAUCAAUCAUAAACUGCAAAAAACAUUGUCAACAUGAGAGAAGUAUCAGAUGGAUUAUGAGAUACAAACGAAACUUCAAAUAUCCUGAUGAUCUUGAAAUAAUACUGAGAAGGCUACAUUUUUCUUGUUACAAUACUCAUGACCCAAGGCAAACUUAUUUUAUGUUAUAAUUUCAUAUCUCAGGGCAAUGAGGUUUUAUUUUUUUUUGGAUUUAGACCUUCUGUGCAACCACUCAAAUGAAAUCUAUUGAGCAGUUUUGGGUGUCGCACCAUUUAACAUGCCGCAAAAAAAUUUCAUCAAUUGUGCCUGUGAAGGAAAAACCCAGUGGGCAGCCAUUCCCUUUUGCUGUCUAAGCUGCUUUAAGCUUGUAACAUUUGAGCAAAGACAAAAGCCUAAAAUGUGGCUGCAUUCAUAUGGGAUUCACCAUUCAAGUAGAAAGUGGCGUGGACUGAGCAGCACUGGUACUUGAUAUAUAUGUAAGCAGUGCUGUUCAUUCAUAGUUCAUUACUUGUCUCCGAGUGGAAAUGUUAAUAGAAAAUGUCCCACAUUUGUACUUUGGCACACUUAGCAGGGUACUAGGUUUUACCAGGUUAGUGUAACUACAGCUUAAAAGUGUGUGGUAGAACCUUUUCUACAUAAUUAUACAAAUCUGAUUGAGCUGGCCAGUGCCAAAAUAAUCACUGACAAAACUAGUAAACAACAAAAGGCUGUAUAAUAUUAUGCAACACUAAUGAAAUGUGCAAAACCUGUGACAGAACUCAUAGGUUUGAGCUUGGAAUUGCUGCUUUGUGAAUUUAACCUUUUGAAUCCAAUUUGUUUCUUUGUGCGCAAAGCUUCAUUACUUGCCACUGAAUGAUGUGUGUUGCAGCAAUAAUAUAACAGUGAUUGUGGUUAUCUACAUUUUGGGAAGAAAAUGUAUUGUAGACUUUCAAAUCAUUUGCAGUUGUUAUUGUAAAACACAUAAAGCUCUGCAGCUACCAUAAUUUUUCCAUUAGUGAACAGAUAGCACUUCUAGUCAAGGACAAUUUUCCUGUUGAGAUAAAACUACCUGUUUAUUUCAAACAAAAUCAGCUGCCUUAACUGGUUAAAGCUGUUAUUUUAGUCACAGUUGAAGAGAAUACUGUUUGGAUUGAUCAUUAACCUGAAACGACACUGGCUUUUGUCAUUUUAAUGAUGUCUACUUCAAUAUGACUUAACUGCAGUAAAAAAAUUAAGAAAUAUAACAAUGUUAAAAAUGGAGAUAUUUUCAAUUUUUUUGGAAUUUUAAUGGAUAAUUGUGGACAUUUUUUAAGAUAGAAUUGAGGUUUUCGUUCUAAAAUUCAUUUUUCAUUUUAUAUUGUAACUUUUAAAUAACACAUAAGCCUGAGUAACUCCUCACUAGACAAAAUUUUUAAUGAGUUGAAUCUUUAGCAUGGUAAUACAUGGCUCCAUGCAACAAUAGUUUCUCAUGUUUAAUUACAGUUUUGUGAAUUGUAGGUUUCAAGAAAAUGUUCACAUUCAAAACAGCACAUUUUCUAAAUCCAUUUACCCAGCCUUCACUUGAGAAAAUGCUAAUUUCUAAAGCAUUGAUGUCUUUUGUGAUAUUGGACUUGAUAUUAAAUGAUUUCAACUUUAAACAUAGACCAACAUAAUGCAUUGUCUUGUUAUGGAUGCACCAAUUCUCCUCAGUAAAUUUUACCUGAAAAUGUGUUUACUUAAAUAUUAAAUAUGUUUUCUUAACUUGCUCUAAUCAAAAUGUACCUCAUUUCAACAACAAAAAUAGUAUAUAUUUUUGCUUCAAUGACUGCAGAUAAUGAACCCAUGUCCAGUCCCGUCUAACCAACUGGAGCAUACUUAAAUUGCAUUUCUAGAAUCACAAAAUUUAUCUUUUUGUUUUAUUAGCAUAUCACAAGAAAUAAAACUACAGGGUGAACAAACAUUUUUUGUUUUGUUUAUUUUUUUCUACAAAAAGGUGUUCCUAUAUAGGAAGUUUUAAACAGGCAACAAUGUAAAGACAGCUUUCAAGUUUACUUUUAUUAUUUGCUUUCUUCUAAAGUUUCUACAGUGACCCAAACGUGUUCAAAGAACUUGUUUGAUGAAUGUCACUUUUUAUGAUAAUUGUUAUCCUUGAAUAAAUCAGUUGAAAAUUACUUAUGUGAAGCCGCUUAUAUCAGACUUGGUAAUACAUGUUCACCUACAUACAUGAAUGUAUGUUAUUCUUCAUAAAAUUAAUGUUCUCCUUAAGCAGGGUGAACAUUUAUGUAUGUAUCAGUGGAAAAACAGUGUAUGGACACUUUGUUAGUUAAUGCUAAAAGAAACGCUUUCUUGGAAAAAAAAAAACGUUUUUGCAUUGUAACAGCCGGGAAGCCCCUUGUGUUAGGUUCCUAUUGGAAUAUAUUUUGUUUUUAUAAAGAUGAGUACAUGUAAGAACAAGACACCCAGUUUACACAUGGCUGAUGAUACAAUUGUUAUCACUCCAGAUCAUCUUCAUGUUGAUCAAGUCACUGACAUUGUUGGUGCACCUAGCGCAGGAGCAAUCUCAUUGUUUGUAGGAACAACAAGAGAUAAUUUUGAAGGAAAAACAGUAGUCCGUCUAGAAUAUGAGGCAUACAUGCCAAUGGCCAGAUCAGAGAUGCGCAAGAUUUGUAAACAAGUGCGAGAAAAGUGGGACGUAAUAAAAAUAGCCAUCUUUCAUAGAAUUGGAGUGGUCCCCAUUGGUGAAGCAAGUGUGAUUAUUGCAGUGUCGUCUGCCCACAGAAAGAAUUCGCUGGAAGCUGUACAGUACUGUAUAGACACUUUAAAGGCAACAGUCCCGAUAUGGAAGAAGGAAGUUUAUGAACAAGGGGAGCCCAACUGGAAAGAGAAUUCAGAAUGCUUCUGGACGAAAAGAGGUGGAUCACCGAAACAGUCCACUGUUUAGAAUAAACCUUUUCACUGUAUAUAGAACUUGAACUUUAAUCUAAGGAUUAGUGAAUGUGCUUUGCUUUAAUCAUGUUGUGAUUCUAGAGAUUUUUAAAUAUUGUUGUUUCACUAGUUAAGGAACAUAAAAAAGUGUAAAUGUUUUUUCAUGUGUCCCUGGAGCCUGAGUCGUAAAGAGUGAAGUCAUGUGAUUUGCAAGAUAGGCAGUUGUCUUCAUUAGUUUUGUCUACCAACCCCACACUUAGAUUUCCGUCCUUACACAGGUACAAAAUAGCUUUCAAACAGGUCAUUUGUUACAGGUGCCCUGGAGUAACCUUGUAUUUUAUAAGAAU